AAGUGUUUCAUGUCGGAGCGUGCGUGUAACUCUAUCUAACGGCCACGCUUUCAUCUCAACAUCAAUUUAACCCUCCACCAUCACUUAAUUGUUUUCCACGUUUCUACUUUCUACGCUAUUCUUCAGCAACUUACCAUAAAUAAAACUAAAUAACAUUAAAAAAUAACAAUACUUUUUAUUAAAACCAAAACCAAAAGGAGGAAGAAGAAGAAGAAGAAGAAGGUAGCGGUUGCGUUCGGUUAAGAACACAAAACUUGAGCAGAAUAUAAUUUCAUUUCGAUUUAAAUAUUAAUUUGGAAGAUUCUAGAAUAUGAUAAAGUCGUUUCUGGAUCGGGAUUAGGAUUCUUAGGGUUUUUUCUGAUUCAGAUUCCGAUCGGAAAUGUCCGGACCUAAUUCGCCGCCGAGGACCUCCGGUUAUCUCGAUGCUUUAUCUCAAGCGAUCCAUAAGAAGCUUCAGCGUGCGCUGGCUAAUUCUUCACAGAGGCGUAAUUUGUUGCAGGAGCUUUUUGCUGAUAUAGCUUUAGAGGUUGAUGAUCGUGCCAAAGAUGUAAUUGUCAACAAGGAAGAAGAUGUUAUUUCUCCUGCAAUUGAUGCCAUUGAUGGUCCAUUGUGUUUCUAUGAUGUGCUUGCUGAUUACUUUGUACGAGUGCCUGAAAGUGGAAAACCCAUCCUUGACAUGAUUGUCCAACUCUGGAGCCAGUCAUUUGCUUCACAUAUUUUUAGCCUCCUGUUUCACAAAUGGAUGUUUGAAGUUCAUCUUGAUAAUCCAGAAGUGCUGCUUCGGUAUUCAUCUGCCCUGGUUCAAGGUGCCACAAAUGUUUUCUGGAUUGACAUUCAAACAAAUACAAGGCGUUUCCAGUCUAUAUUCCGUUACCUCUUGGAUGAUGUUGCAUUACACCACAGUCGAUUGAAUAAAAUUCCUCUCCAGGCUCAGCGAGAUAUGUAUCUUUUGCUCUCGAGGUUCAUUCUAUUUUACAAUUCAGCUGGCAAAGUCGAUAGCUUCUUGAAACAAUGCCCUGUUUUCCAAACUGCUUUCUUAGUUGGUGGUCCGGCAGAUAUAUUUGUGAGUGAACUCACUGAUCAGCUUCAAAAGCUAAAGGUGGAACCUGUGCUGCUGCAUUAUCUUUCAGAAAUUAAGGUCCUUCAGGGUAUGGAAUUGAGAAUGACUACAAGUACGAGAUUGAAAACUUGUUUGUAUAGUUUUACUUCUCCUGGUGGUCCAAUGUACCCGACUAGAGCUGUUCGUCAUGCUGCCUGGGAAGCACUAGAUUUUCUUUUUCCGGUUGGGCAGUACCCUCGGCAUCUCAUAAGUUUGUUCUUCAGGUUGCUCUAUCCAUGGUAUUGGCCAUCCUCUUGUUGGAACUUUGUGGUUUCCUGCAUUCGGGCAAUCUUUUACUCCAUACUGGGGUUGAUAUUUUCUACGUGGGAAAAGAUUGCGAAACCAAAAAAACAAUAAAUGUCCAUGUCUUGAGGGUAUUAUGUACAUGCAUAGAACCCAAGUCAUCUCUUGCCGACCAGCAUGAUUGCCUUGCUUCUUGACCCUCUGAUAUUUCUCUUUUCCACCCGAUGUGAUUUGUGUACAAAACGAGCUUGUUAAUGCGAUGUAUAUUUUGUUCACUAUGGCUUAGAAUAGGUUUACAAGUACGAGUAAUAUAACAUGAGGAAAUAAGUGACUAGUGAAAACAACUAAACGAGGAAUUGCUAUUCAUUUCAUUGAAAGCAGAGACAACCAUUUUAGCUUUAACAAACUAUUCUACAUUGCUUUAUAAGUGUUAUAUUUUGUGUUAAGAUUUUAAAAUUGUACGUUUAUGCCUUGUCAUAGCUGUGGGAUGUUGGUCUCUACAGUUUUGAGGGACUUUAAUCUUAUGGUCUUUUUUACCAA